CUACUUAAACACGAUUGGUGAAGUGAAAAAUGCUAGUAAGCAAGAAAAACUAGCAAAAAAAUAUGAAACUUGUUUGCAAAAAACCGAGAGCGAAGUAGAACCAACUCCAUUUAUGCAAAAUGCUUUCAGCCCAGAGGGAAGUUCUACACAAAAUUCUACUCACGAUGAAAACACUACACAAGACUUUGUUUCUGAGGAAAACACCACACAAGACUUUAAUUUUAAGGAAAACACUAU